AUGUCUGGUCCAACUCAAUCAAAGAUGCUGGUCGUGCCGCCAGCACUAAACCUGCGCCGAGCUAGCUCUUACAACUCCCAAGAUCGCGGGCCUAUUUCAUCAACUUCAUCCCGUUUCAAUUUCAACCACCUAUUCUUUUCACCGCCUGCUUCUCCAGCACUUCCAGCUCUGGUACCUCGACCCCCAAAGAGGGCCUCGAGCCAGAUCUUGGUCGCUCGACCGAGCCGAGUCUUUCGACGACUUUUUCUCCUUGGUAUCUUGCUCUCAAUCACAUACCUUGUGGCAUUGGCUUUUCAGAAUCCAGAUGCCAUUCCAGCGGCAGUAUGGCCUUAUUUUGGACAAGAGGAGUUUGAGAUGGUUGGCCAAGAUGCCUUCCCGGAUUUCCCCACGCCCAUUCUUAUCAACGACAACAAGGGUCGCUCGAAGUGGACUGUCUUUAUACCACCAAACGGGGACUUUCCCUUGACUAUGAAUCAAUAUGCAGAGAUGGGCAGUCAGUGCCGAGAGGUUUCUUCCCGGGCGAGAGACAUUCAUCACAAGGCCCCGAUCACCGAAAAGGCUAUCAUCAACUAUGAUGCCAAAGAUGAAUACUAUAUCGACGUAUAUGAUGCUGAGAGAUCAGGCCUUCUAGCACCCUACAAAGGUAUUCGUACCAAAAACAAGGGCAAAUUUGUUGGUGUGGAUAAAAAGCACUUGAAGCAUAAACCGGUGUGUGAAAGCACCAUGACUUUUGUUUUGGAAUCCUCAGAUGCUGGCCUUGGUAACACACUCAUGAUGCUGUGGACCUUUUACGGACUAGCAAAGCAACUUGACCGUGAGUUCUUCAUUGUGGAUAAACGUUGGGCCUACGGACCCUGGACCGAGAUUUUUGAAGCUCCUCCUAUCCCUGACUGUCGUCCUCCUCCUCGACACCACAUGGUUCCUUGUCCUUUUCAAGCUCGUCACUUGGUCGUUUCCUCUGCGACAGCUAAGGAGGUAUUCCCGGCGUUGCUAGCCCAAAAUCAUCGAGUUGCAGGAACCGAGGAUGGAUUGCGGGAUCUCUUCGAACUGGCUCGUAUUGGAUAUGAGGAUCUAUUCAUCUUGAGUGAUGAGGAUCAGGCUUAUGUUGAUGAGCGUGUGACUGCAAUUCAAGCAAAAGCCAACACUGAAGGCAGUCUCAUGACGCAUAUACCCAUCAUUGGGCUUCACGUUCGUCAUGGCGACCAGCAUCCACUCGAAUUUCAAUAUCGCGAUACCUAUAUCCCGGCUGAUGUCUACCUUAAACAAGUCAUCCGUUUUGUGGACGAAUACUACAACAAUACAGGAAUGGAAGAUAACACGCAACGGCGACAUAUCACUCUCUUGGCUUCGGACGACCCCACAGUUCAUGAGGAGCCUGAGUUUUCUCAUACCAUUCUUUCCCAAGAUCGAAUUCGUCUAGCUUCAAAAGGUGCGAUUGCCCGCGCAAGUGGCAAUCAUCAUUCGCUAAAUAACUUUGUUGAGAACACGUUUGGUUGGGAGGGCGGUUUCUUUGCUCCCCUUUUCUGGAAUCUUGGUGUCCAAAGCAAAAAUAAUGCGGCUGAAGCACCAGCAGGAGUGAAUGUCGAUGGUGUGAAUGAAGAAGCCAGACAUAUGGCACCGCCUUCUGAAGAAACGCUCCGACUCCGUAGUCUCGUCGGUCGAGCGUAUAUGAUGGAUCUAGCCGUUCUAUCGGAGUCGAGCGAUAAGAUUGUUUGCACGGUGAGUGCUUCAGGGUGCCGCCUACUGGCCGUGAUGAUGGGAUGGGAGGAUAGCAUGGAAAAUAGGGGCUGGCACAACGUUGAUGGAACCUAUGGUUGGGCAGGGAUCGACUGGUGA